AUGUGUCUCGUGACACGGUUUAAGAUGCGUGAUGGGCACUAUGAAGUCGGACCUGGAGCCUUUUUUGACUGGCUCAGGGAGGGGUGUCCGAAACGGGAAGAGUGUGCGCCGACGCCAACGCGGACGCCGCGCUCUUCGACCGUUGGCUCCGCUGGUGCUCCAGGUCGCGACUCGAUCGAGGACAUGCGCGCGUACUUGGAUAUGAAUAUGCAUGACAAGCACAACACUGGCGCACCUGUUGCGGUAGAGACGGAGGACAUGGACACAUCCGGCAGGAAGUGA